CUAACUGCACACUUCCAGCCUGCAAUACGAGCCCAAGAGAGAGAGAGAGGGAGAGAAUUGGGCGGAGAGAAAAGGGGUCGCGUCUCACCUUUCAGUGAAGAUAGAGAGGGGGAGAUAUUCGAAAAGCAGGACUAGCCUUCUCAUUAUUGGCCGCCCGUCAGCACCGUAACAGACCGCAGAUGCAAGCAUUCAAACAAGAUCCGCUCCGUUUCUGAGCCGAGCAGACCAUGCAGGCACAGGCAGUUUGAGUAGGUUAGCAAGAGUUUUGAAAGAGGAAGGAGGACGGAAGCAAAGAGGGAAAAGGAGGAGAAAAGAGCCGGAGAAAAGUUUGAAAGGACACGCGAGACGGAGAGGUUGCCGGUUGAUCAUAAAGCGCCGGGUGAAGAAAGCCUGUUCAAAACUGUUAUCGCUGGGCAUAUAUCUGAAGCGCACCGUGAAGAAAGCCUGUUCAAAACUGUUAUCGCGGGGCAAAUCUAUCCUCAGAGAAACAUACGAGGGUCCGUCUUUGGCCGCUGCCGGGUGGAGAGAGGGAUUUUAUUGAUAUCCGACAGCUGCCGGGCACGCGCCUGCUUCUGUUUGCUGUUUGGGGAUUUAGAUGCGUUGGGAAGCCACGAUGCGGAGCGAUCCCAUUUUGUUCGCUUCCAGGGCCAUGGAGGAGUUGGUGUGUGAGCUGCGUCUGUUCCUGGACCUGCUGGACAGGGAGUAUCUGAGCGCUGGGGUCAGGGAGAAGAAGAUGCUCAUCUCCAACAUCCUCCACAGGGUCCUCAACGCUAAUGAGCCCUCGUUCAAGUCAGAGAUCCACAGCAGCCUCCCGGCCCCCCCUCAGAUGCCCCUCCCAGAGAUCCCACACCCCUGGCUGCCUCCAGACAACGGGCCUCCUCCUCUCCCCAGCUCCUCUCUCCCAGAGGGCUACUAUGAAGAGGCCGUCCCCCUCAGUCCUGGAAAAGCCCCAGAAUACAUCACCUCCAACUACGAUUCAGACCAGAUGAGCAGUUCGUAUGAGUCGUAUGACGAGGAGGAGGAGGAUGGGAAGGGUAGAGGGAAGAAGAUGCGACACCAGUGGCCUAGCGAGGAGGCCUCUAUGGACCUGGUCAAGGACGCACGCAUCUGUGCCUUCCUGCUGCGCAAGAAACGCUUCGGACAGUGGACCAAGCUGCUCUGUGUCAUCAAGGACAACAAGCUGCUGUGCUACAAGUCAUCAAAAGAUCAGACGCCCCAGAUGGAGCUAGUGUUAUCAGGCUGCAGCAUCACACAUGUCCCCAAGGACGGCAAGAAGAAGAAACACGAGCUGAAGAUAGUCCACCAGGGGGCAGAUGCCCUGGUUCUGGCCGUGCAGAGCAAAGAGCAGGCUGAGGAGUGGCUCAAGGUGAUGAGGGAGGUGUGCAGCAACGGAGGUGACUCAGAUGGAGCAGGCUCCGGGUCUCCUGUACACAAGCCCCACCUGGAGAAGAAGGUGUCGUGUGAUAGGCCGAGCUCAGACGGAGAGCCGCCCCAUGAGAAUGGACACACUGUCACCGACUGUAAGGACCAAGGUAAAGGAAAGAAGGACUCUCAGAAGAGUCAGAAGGGAGGCACGCUGGGUAAAGGGGCGGGAAAGAAGAUCACUAAGAUCAUUGGCCUGGGCAAGAAGAAGCCGUCCACUGACGAACAGACAUCUUCAGCCGAGGAGGACAUACCCACCUGUGGCUACCUGAACGUGCUGUCCAAUAACCGCUGGCGUGAGCGUUGGUGUCGUCUGAAGGACAACCAGCUGCUGCUCCAUAAGGACCGUGCUGACCUGAAGACCCACAUGGCCAGCCUGCCCCUCAGAGGCUGCGAGGUCAGCCCCGGACUGGACUCCAAACACCCCUUCGCCUUCCGCCUGCUCCGCAACGGACAGGAGGUGGCUGUACUGGAGGCGUCCUCCUCAGAGAGUAUGGGUCGGUGGCUGGGGGUACUGCUAGCUGAGACUGGCUCCACCACAGACCCUGCUGCCCUGCACUACGACUACAUAGACGUAGAGACUACCGCUAACGUCAUCCAGCUGGCCAAGCAGUCCUUCUGCUUCACUAGUAAACGUGCUGUAUCUCCCAACCCCUAUCUGGACAACCCUGUGAAUGGUUAUGCCUGUCCCUCUGGAAUGGCACUGCACUAUGAUGAUGUGCCCAUCAAUGGAACGGACCCAGAGGCGCUGUACUCCAGCCCUGCCACCGGAGGGCGGCGUCUGAGAGAGGAGGUGUUGUAUGAGAACACUGACCCUGAGUUCUAUGAGAACAUGCCCUCGCCCAAGCUGGCCGCCCGCUACUCCCCCAAGCCCAGUCGCCUAGCCUCUUCCUCCAGCCACUACAAAACCCCUGGCCCUGUUAAAUCCAAAUUCCUCUCCUCCUCUUCCUCAGCUAACAUUAAUACUAAAUCCGGUACUCAGCUGAAGGGAAAGAAGGCCCCAGUGACCAAUGGGAUGGCAUCUAAACAGAAGGUGGACAAGAACCAGGCCAAGAAGACCAACGGAACAGCCACCAAUGGAACAACCAAUGGAGCAUCUGUGAAACGUAACAACUCCAGUGCAGAGCAGUAUAAAUACGGUAAGAACCGCGUGGAGGCGGACGCCAAGCGGCUGCAGGCUAAAGAGGAGGAGCUGAUGAGGAGGAAGCAGGACAUCAGGAACCGUCUGACCCAGCUGAAGAAGGACAGGAAAGACCUGCGCACCGCCAUGGAGGCCAGCACCGGUAAGCGUUCCGCUGCGUCUCUGGUGGAGCGGCUGAAGAAGGUGGAGGACGAGUGCAAGCUGAAGGAGGAAGAGAGGGUGAGCCUGGAGCUGGAGCUGACGGAGGUCAAGGAGAGUCUGAAGAAGGCCCUGAGUGGAGGAGUCACUUUGGGACUCACCAUUGAGCCCAAGUCUGGCACCUCCAGCCCACAGUCCCCAGUGUUGCUGAGGCGUACCCUAGAGAACUCUCCCAUCUCCAGCUGUGACACCAGUGACACAGAGAGCUGUUCCACCUUGCCCAUCAACAGCGCCUCCCUCCUCCGCAGAACGGCCAAUCAGAAACCCUCGACUGUCCGCGGCCACGUCCUCAGGAAGGCCAAGGAAUGGGAGAUGAAGACUGGCACAUAAGCAACAACUCUCUUCACAACAAUCCUAUCGUAUUAGCUUUUUUUAUGUGUGUAUAUAUUUAUUUAAAACUUUUCAUAUCGGGAAGAAGGUUGAAGAGGAGUACACUACAAGCAUAGCAUAGCCAACCAGAAAGAGAAUAAGGACAAUGCUGAUUUUAGUAUACUUUAUUUCCAAAACAUAAAGAAAUAGCACUCUUUUUGUAGCUUACUAUUGUAUAAUACCGUGUAUUAUUAUCUGGCAUGUUUGAACUACUCUGUCGUGCGGUUUUGUAUUCGUCCGAUAAUUGUCUUUCUUUUCAAGCAGACAUCCAAUCAUAGACGGUCUUUUGGGAUCUGUUUCUCCAUCACAUACAAAUCUGGUUUCUACAACUCUUGGGGUUAAAAAAUCAAGUGCAAAACCAAGUAUUUAUUUGUAAAUGUUUAUUAAGUAAACAUCCCUGUGAUUAUU